AGACCAAGCCGAGGCCCAGAAGCAGCACCAAGCCCAGGCCUACAAAAGCCUAAAGCCCUAAACCUCGCAGCGGAAUUUAGUCAGUCCUCGCUUGUUUCAUUUGCGUAGAGUGGAUUUUGCAGAGUUAUUCUUUCCUGAUCGGAUCAGGGCAGAGGAACAAGAAAAUGAAUCUGUUGGGUAGAAAUGUGUUGAGAUUGAGCGCUUCGCUUCGUAAUGGUAAACCAAAUCAACAAGGCCUUCAGGUUAUUCUACGGGAAACGCCGAGGAAUUUCUCUAGUGAAACUGAAGAGCAGAAGGAGCCUUCCAUUGACCCCUUUCUUCAGCGCUCAAGCAGCGGUAUGGUCUUUGGGAGACUAGUUGGCUCUCCAAGAAACACAAUCAAGACCGAUAUUAUCAAUUUGUUGGAAGGGUGUAAUUUGACGCCAGAGGAUAUCAAAUUCGAAUACAACCGAGCUUAUGCUCCGAGUUCUGUAAUGGUGCGGUUUCCUUCUCGAGCUGGUUACGACUCUGCUAUCCGGUUGAUUGGUAGGAAGGGAAGGCUGUACAGGCUGGAUAAGGCAGAUCGUAGCCAAUGGGAGUUGCUCACAUCAUACGAUGGAAAAGUUGCAUUACUGCAAGGAAUUCCUCGCAAUGCACUUCCAGAGGAUGUAGAGCGUUUCCUGUCUGGUUGUGAUUUUGAUGCUUCGAGCAUCCAGAUGUUUCUAAGGCCAGCAUUCCCAGAUCCCAUGAGGUUGGCACUAGUGAACUUUCCUUCACAGACUCAGGCAAUGCAUGCUGCCCUUGUGAAGAACAGAAGCUUUUGUCUCAAUAAUCAAGUCGCAGUACGGGUUCUUCAAUAAGGAUGCUUGUUCUUGCUGGAUUUUCUUGGUGUGUAUUGCUAUGAACUGUAUGAUAUGGUUACAGUUCUAGGAUUACUACAAAAAUGACAUUGAAUUCAUGCCUUAAGGGGAUAUUGUUUCUCAUGUUCUCAAGCAUGUUCACUUUCCAGUUUCUCAGAAGUAUUGUUAUUGAUUUGUGACUGCAGCUUUAACAUAUAUUGGCAAAAUUUUCAUCCUUUUUUUUUUUUUUUA